AACCUGCCUGACUGCUGAUCUCAGCUAGUCUCUCAGUCUCUCCUCUCUCUGUCUUCUUCUCUCUCUCUCUUUUCUCUCUCUCUUCCUCCUCUCAGCCGCCUCCACUGCAGGCCAGGAGCUAUCCAGUGCUGAACAAGUGAAUUUUUUCUUUUUUUCAGCAGUGUAAGCGUGUGUGUGUGUGUACAGUAGAAGGCACACACACAGUAUUGUACCAUCAGACAUCUCUCUCUUCUCCUGCGUGCUCUUCAUUUUUUCUUUAUGUAGUCACUGUUUUUUGUUUUUUUUUGGGACGUGGAUCUUUUUUUAUACACUGGAUUUCAUUCAGGAAGAUUUUCACCAGGGUUUUUUUUUCUGUCUGCGGCCGAUGUGAAGGAUUUCUGGUGCGUCUGUGCGACCGUGUGUGAACCAUGCCUCGCUCAUUCCUGGUGAAGAAAAUCAAACUGGAUGAUUUCUCCUCGUCUCCUGUGUCAGCGUCUAACCAUCAUCAUCUCAAUGAUUCCUUCACACGCUCUCGCUCCAGCCUGGGUGUCCGGCUUUGCGAAAAUGGCUACAUCCAGGAUUACAUCAGCUCUUCUGAAUACACAGAGGAGAAGCAGGCCGACAUGAAGCUAAGCUCAGAUCCACUGUACUCCCCAGUCAGCAGCGGAGGAGGGGAGUACUGCCAACCGGACCUGGAGCACCCGGACAGCCCCCAAUCUGGCCUCACGGCCCGCGAAUACUUCAGUAGUGAGAGCGAAUCUCUCAGCGAGGGCUACACCAUGGACGCGUUUUUCAUAUCUGACGGCCGUUCAAGGAGGAAGGGAGAGGUCGCGGAAGCAAGUAAAGUUGCCGAUGACGAGAAAGAAGUGGCGGCAGUGAACAACGGAGGUCCCCGACACAGCUGCAAUGAGUGCGGAAAGACCUACGCCACUUCAUCCAACCUGAGCCGACACAAGCAGACCCACCGCAGCCUUGACAGCAAGAUGGCACGCAAGUGUCCCACCUGCAACAAGCUUUACGUGUCCAUGCCGGCUCUGGCCAUGCACAUCCUCACUCAUGACCUCAAGCACAAAUGUCACGUGUGCAGCAAAGCCUUCAGCAGGCCCUGGCUGCUUCAGGGGCACAUGAGAUCACAUACAGGAGAAAAACCCUUCGCCUGUGCCCACUGCGGGAAAGCCUUCGCUGAUCGGUCCAACCUACGAGCGCACAUGCAGACGCAUUCGUCCUUCAAACACUACCGCUGCAAGCGCUGCAAUAAGACCUUCGCGCUGAAGUCCUACCUGAACAAGCACUACGAGUCCGCCUGCUUCAGAGGCUCCGGAGACGAGGACGAGUCUGGCUCCGAGAUUUAACAAAAGAGAAAAGAUGAAGAUGAGUCAACGCUCUCAAAACCCCCCCACAGAAUCCCUUCACAGACCCCACAUUCCCUUUUUUAGAAAGCAAUAUUUUCACCAAGAAAAAAACCAAACCAAUCCAAUAAUAAGAAGACAAUAAUGAAUAGAUGCUGGAUUUUUUUCUUUGGUAAAAAAAGACCCUCUCAUAUAGACGCGUACAAUUAUGAGGCCUGGCAUGCAAAUUUAUAUGAACAUAAUACUAUUAAUAAUGAUAGUAAUAAUAUUUAGAUUCCUGAUGUUUUAUAGUAAAUCAUAAAAAGACAUAAAAAAAGGACAGCAACAGGUUUGUGCUUUUUGAGAAAUGAAAUCAAUUUGUAUUUUUAUGCUGCUCUUUUAUUUUGAAUUCUUUUGCAACUGCCAACAUGAACAUUUUAUGAAAAUGUGAAUAACGACAGCAUUUGCAAAAAAGAAAAAAAAAAAGAUUGUAGACCUCUGAAAAGGUACAAACUUUUGUUACACUUUUGGUAUUCUGUUUAUAAUUGUUAUUUUUAUAUUCAAAGUUUCCUGCAGUUUCUUGGUUCCAUUAUUUAUUUGUUUAUUUAUUUAUUCUGCCAAUCAUAUCCAGUAACUAUGUGAGGAGAGCAACCAUCACUCUGUGUUUAACAUACGGAGGAAACAGCACUCAAGACUAAACAUUUCAAUGAUCUCCAAACAUUCAAAACAUUCAAAAUACAGACGACAGGGAUUUUCAACAACAUCUCUGCUCGCUCUGCUGAGCUUCCUCACACUAAAACAGACUGCAUGUGCUUCAGAUGCCUGGAGCUCCGCCCCUUGUCUUCCUGCUCCAUGAAUACCUCACCCAGAGGCAGGUAUGACCUCUAACCUCUGCUCUGUCCACGCUCUUAUAGCACCCAUCACACAAACCUCAUUUCUACCAUUCCAGUAUUGUUGUUGAGUAUUUAUGUAUUUAUUAAUGCACUAUUUUCAUUUUCUUAUUUAUUUCAUGUGUAUUUAUUUAUUUAUGUACCUAUCUAUCUACUUAUUUAUUUAUUUGGUUGAUUAUUCUCUGUGUUAUUGGAUACUGAACUGCCGUUGACCUUUUAAGAUGCUGCUCUUUAAUGAAAAUCUUUAUAUGCAUGAUUCAGCUGUAGAGGGAUUUUAUUCUUUUUUUUUUUUUUUUUUGAGAGGGAUGGUAUGCAGUGUUUGAAAGCAGAUGAAUUCAGGUGUGAUGCUUUGUUUAAUGGGCAAUAAUUUAUCUUAGGAACAGCAACUUGUAUAAUCACAGCUGUCCUGUUAGCAGUCAAUGUAGGGCAAUAAACAAAAAAAACUCCUUAAUAUCUCAAAGGUCAUUCUCUCCAUUUCGUCGUUUCUAGAACUCCAUUUCUUGCUAAGACCAUCCAGAAUGUCUACAUGAUGUGAUGUGUGACUCCACCCACAUUUGUGACAUCACAGUUCAUCUCAUUGCCAAAUGCUAAACAAUUUAGUAAUCGAGAAAUCUUUAACAUGCUUACACCAACAAAAACAUACAUUAAUAUUAGUGCUGUCAAAUGAUUAAUCGCGAUUAAUCGCAUCCGAAAUUAUUUUUUGUUUAUGUAAUAUAUGUGUGUGUACUGUGUGUAUUUGUUUAUAAAUACAAACACAUGCAUUUAAGAAAAAUAUGUCAAUAUAUAUUUAUAUUUAACAUAAAAUUUUAUAAUAUAAACAUAUAAGUGUAUAUUUUCAAAAUAUAUACUGCAUAUGUUUGUAUUUAUAUAUGCACAAUAAAUGUACACACACAUAUAUUACAUAAACAAAAAAACUUUUAUUCUGGAUGCGAUUAAUCGUGAUUAAUCUUUUGACAGCACUAAUUAAUAAAUGAAUCCCUCAAAGUGCAAAUCGAACUCGACAGAUAAUUAAAUUCCUGUUCUUUUUGUACUUUUUAAAAUAAUAACAUUUUAAAAUAAAUUUUAAUUAGAAAAUCAGCAGCAAUAAGCCUUUUUCUAUCAGACUUUUUACUAUUAUCACAGACUUAAUAAAACUGUCUUAUGUCUCAGCAAUAGUUUUGAAUGCAAUUAUAAAAAGACUAACCCACAGCAUGACAUAUUUCAUGUAUUUGGCUUUAGCUGUCCAAAUAAAUCCCAUCAUAAGCUAUAAUAAGCUUUUAUUAGAAUUUCAGUGACAUGUAAAAUAGAAGUCCCAAAUCCUAGACCCAGAAAUAAUGACCCCCCAGAAUGGCCAAUCAGGAUAGAUUAUUCAUUGUUUGGGAGAAAAUAGUGCUGGGUUCAGGACAGAGAUGAAACAAAAUAGAGGCUUAAUGGGAGCAUUGAUGGAAAUAGCUGAGCAUAUGGCGCCAAUGUGCUGCUGCCUGCAUAAUAAAGAUCUGAAAGAUGUUUGGAGAUGAAAGGAUGAGAUGUGCAAUCAGAACGCGACAGUGUAAAUCAGCUGUCUCCUUGCUGUCUCUCCUGUGAAGCAGAAAAAGCAGAAACAAAACUGCUAAUUUUAUAAUAAAAAUUAAAUUUAGCACCAUCAUGAGAAACCUCGCAUACGACAAUAUGCAUCAGCAUAUGAUGCAGCUCAUGUCAGAGUAAAAAGAGGCUGUGUCCACCCCACUAAAGGGUAAACAGGUGUUGCUGGACAGACAGUAGUCUGAGAGCAUAACUGAGUCUGAGUUUGACCUUUUGAGGAAGGUCGAGCAGCUCCAGUCAAAGGCUCUGUCAGCGUUUUGCAUAUUGUAAAAAAAAAAGUAUGGCACAAUCUCAUUAAUGGGCCAAAACCUGUGGGGAAUAGAUAAUGAGUUUCUCCUCCCACUUUUCUUCUCGUCUUCGCCUCUUUUCCACCCAUUCCUGACCUAAUACAUUGGCACACUGUGUCUCAACGUGUCCUAGCUAGGUUCUUCAUGGUAUUUCACACGCAUUGCUGAUGGACAUCAGUGUCAGAAACAUAAUAACAACUAUUAAAAUAAAAAAUGCACCUGCUGG